AGAUCCUCAUUCUCUUUUUUCUCCUGGGUACGUUCAUAAUAUAUUCAAAAGACUCUGUCCCAGCAGCCAUGACGUCGGAAAAAGUUGUAUUGUUCGAUCUGCCAUCCAAACCACCCGUCACGGGAUGGUCACCCAACGCGUGGAAGGCUCGUUUCGCGCUGAAGUUCAAAGGUGUCGACUAUCACACUGAAUGGCUCGAAUUCCCAGAGAUCAAACCAAGACUUGAACCUCAUGUCCCAGCAAACAAAGAGGGCUGGCAAUACACGAUCCCGACCCUGCUUCUCCCCGACGGAACCUACGUGAUGGACAAUCAAAAUAUAGCCGAGUACCUUGAACAGACAUACCCGGAACCAUCCCUCCAGCUUGACUCGCCCUACCUCUUCAAGAUCGAAGCACUCCGUACGAAACUCUUCGAGGCUAUCCUCCCUGCUUUGGGAAGUGAAGUCUCGCGUCGAAUUUUGAAUCCGCCCAGUGCUGAGUACUGGGACGCCACCCGCUCCCAGCCAUUUGGUACGUCGUUGGAUAUAUUAGCAAAGGAAAGGGGAGAAGAGGCAUGGAAUGAAUCGGAGGCGGUUCUGAAGAAUAUAACAGAGUUGCUGAGUGAAAAUAGCGAUGGUCCGUUCUUUGCGGGGCAGACGGUGGGCUACGCUGACUUUGUUUGGGCGGGGGUGCUCCUGUUCAUGCAGAAGCUUGGCGAGGAUGCUGCUGCGGAGGGGCUGAAGCGGACUGGUGAUCCCCAGGUUCAUCUUGCUCUCUUGCAGGCUUUGAGUCCGUGGAUGCAGGACAACGACCGUUGAUAUUGGCUAUAGAUUAUAUCAGGUCUACAGAGCAUCAAGUCUGGUUCGGAUUUGUUAAGUGAAGACUGAGCAUAGGAACAGGACGCAUCAAUAAAGAGGAAUACUCUCAGAAUAAAAUGGUCUACUGAAC